AUGUUCUCGCAACAAAGUUUCGAGCGCAGAAAGCCAUACGAACGCACCGAAUCGGCAUACGUUCGUGGCUACAAGUGCGAGACCCCUUGUGAAUGCAGUAUCUGCCAGGAGCAGUUCAUCGGAACACAGAAGCAAGACGACGGCUACUAUUACAGCACCGUUGUCGCACCUGUUACUGCCCAGGCCACACUCGCCGCCCUUACGAGCAAGAUCAAGGCCGACAGAGCCUAUCUUGCCGAACUGUGUGCAAAGUUUGGAAACACGAUCCUCAGCAGAUGGAGAAAGAAGAGUCGGGACAAACGUGAGGCACUCUUGCUUCUAGCAGAUCCGACUAUCGAGAAGGAUCCCUGGUUCAGGCUACACACCGAAGGCGCGAUAACCAAUUGGAAGGAAUUGCGCAAGUGCAGGAAGAGUUGGCUGCUGCCUUACUUGAACACCGCAACACUGAAGGCAAAUCCAUUGGUCCUCGUAGGUCUGCUACACAAUCGCGUACAGCAUUCACCAGAAGAGUGGGUAUCCUUCGACAGCGCCAUUGUAAGACAGGGUUGGGAUGCUGGAUUGCUCGAUCUGGAAUACUGUGGCCAGUACUGUGUCAUCAUGCAUGGCGUCAACUAUGGCAAGCUCGUUUCCUGGAACAAAGACGCUGCAGAGCGCUACAAUAUGGUCGGUUACCCACGAGCUCGGCUGAUUCUCGAAGCACAAGCGUUGAUGUUCUCUCGGCUCCGUGACAUCGUCGAUCUCAUUCUCGAGGGAGUUGAUCGUGACACGACAGGUGCUUCUGACAGGUGGCGCGAGACGGUAAAACUCGGUUUCAAGCAAUGCAACAACAUUGAGUUGUGGUCGGACUAUGUCAAUCAGCCAUUCUCCGCUCCUCCGAGGUUUGACGUUGACUACUACUGCUCCAUCGCAAAGGCCAGAAUGCAGGCGGUCCAAGACCACCUCUGGUUGCUGCAGACAGAUCCCUCAUAUUUCCGCCGCUUCAUAAAAGUUUUGGCGGUUGGGGAGAUAUACAAGACAGUGUGGAGAUACGCAAUUAUCGCAAGGGACGCCCAUCUAGCUCUGCUAGAUUACUUGACUUGGCGAGCAUUGUACGCGGAGUGGACCGAUGUACGAGAUCACUACCGCCGUUUCAGAGACAGCAUCCAUCCAGGUCAACCACUUCCGAGCCGUCUUGAACACAAACUCGCAGCCCUGGAACUUUCUCUUGUAGGCAGUGUGACCACAGGAAUUCUUCAUCUGCCUGGAUUUAUUGCGCAACGUCCUGGAUUCCAGCACAACUACAAGUUUGCCAUACUGAGCAAGCCUCCGAGCCGUCCAGGACAAAACAUGUAUAGCAUUGAGGCCAUUUCUACGCUGUCAGAAUAUCAGCAAUACCGCGAAGAUACCCUUGAGUGGAUCCUGACCGAGCUGCUAUGUGAGCCAAACCAAGAGCUUCGAUUUGAUCAUCCAGAGCUCUUUGCUAGGCUCGAGGCCCAUCUGGCGGAGGCGAGCCCCGAGGAGCGAGCACGAAUGGAUGAGACAAUCUAUGCGAAGAUGUCAGAUUAUGCACUACGACAUGAGAUGCUUUCAGCUCUCAAAUUGCACCGCCCUGGAUUCCUUCGUUUUUCAUUCGAGGGCAAGAGUGCUAAGGAUGCGCUAAAAUGGGUUGAAGAAUCUUCGACUCCUUCGAUGAGAAUCAUGGCUGUUGACGUUGGCGGGUACUACAAAAAGUAUCAUGAGUUUCCAGCAGACCCCAUCGAAGCCCUUGAACGUCUGACACCCGCAGUUGGUCGUAAAAGCGAAGCAUGGCUUGAACGCAGGACUGCCGAGCGUAAAGUUCUGCGUGAUUUCUGGAGAGGAGCGCUAGAGUCUUUCCGCGUAGAGGCAAGUUUCAUGCGUAUGACACAGGAAGAACUCGAUGACGCCUUCUCAGUCAUUUCUGUCUCGACCAGCGCCGAAUAUGCAGAGAUAGUCGAGAACGAACGUAUGCAGGUAGCAGAUGCCAUCGCAGCAGCAGCCACCAAAAAGAAGGUCGCAAACACAGCAAGCAUUCCUGAUAUUCUGUGGAGUAAGGACCCGGAUAUCUCAAAACUCGUCAUUGAAGAACGAGCACCUAAGCAAAAGACACGUCCAUCCCAGCCAGUCGGCAAAGCAGAUUCCCCUGAGCCUUUGGUCAAUGCAGACGCCACAUCUCCCAGCCAGCCAAAGAUCUCCACCACCCCACGCGCCCUCGACAUCAUCAGGAAGAUGUUCCCCAGCUCUGCUGAAGAAACCUCAGCCAAAGACACCGACUGGGAUCUCUUCGUCCACGCAAUGAAUGAUCUCACUUUCAGCGCUCGCAAUGUCGGUGGUUCCGCAGUCGCCUUCGAGCACCCCUCUAACAAGAAGAUCAUCUUCCACCGCCCUCACCCAGUUGCAAAGAUUGACAGCAUCAUGCUGCAAUCCAUGGGCAAGAGACUGAGGAAGCACUUCGACUGGAGCAGAGAGGCCUUCAUUGGAGUUUGA